AUGUCGGCCGCAGGACCAACGAGGCCGUCCAGACGCGCCGCGAUGAGGCGGGCGGCUGUUAUCGACUCCGAUGACGAAGACGAAAUCGGCAAUACAACAAAGGUACGCGCUGAUGAGGAAGCCGAAUACACUCCUGAAGCUUCGAGGACAACUCGGCGUCAAACUCGCGGUGGGCGGUUGUCUGCUGCACCACGAAGAUCGCGCGUCAAGAAGCAAUCCAUCGCAUCCACGGAGCCAGAUGAGCUUGAAGGAGAGCCGGAAUUAAGCCAUCUUGUUGAUGCCGACACCACCAUUCAACAAACCGCUCAAACACCUCCCAAAAAGCCAUCACCGAGAAAGAGGAAGAGCGCUGCGCCUAGGGCAUCGAUUGCUCCCACAGAAGACUUGGCGCCACCAGUAGUACCAAGGAAGCCCCAGCUUUUUGAAGGAACCCAGGCUCACGGAUCACCGCUAGCGGACAUCACGGCUGUCAGUGUGAAUACGCCACAGAACGUCGAGGAGACACAACCCAACGUCAAGCCAAUCAAGCCGCUUGAUUCCAUCAUGGAUAAACCUCUGGAUAUCGUACUCAAGUCCCGAACCACAACGAUCCCAUUUUUUGAGGAACCAUCAACAUCCCCCAAGUCUCGAAUUGUAUUGACUCAUUUGAUUUUGAACAACUUCAAGAGUUACGCUGGCCGUCAAGAGGUCGGUCCUUUUCACGCCUCCUUUUCAUCUGUUGUUGGGCCCAACGGUUCCGGCAAGUCCAAUGUCAUUGACUCUCUACUUUUUGUGUUUGGUUUCAGAGCCAGCAAGAUGCGCCAGGGUAAAAUUUCGGCUCUCAUUCACAAUUCUGCUCAGCACCCAAACUUGGAGUAUUGCGAAGUCGAAGUCCACUUUCAGGAGGUCAUUGAUAAGCCUACCGGCCACGAGGUUAUCCCCAAUUCGAAACUCAUCAUUUCUCGAAAGGCCUUCCGAAACAACACGAGCAAAUACUACAUCAAUGGCAAGGAGUCCAACUUUACGACUGUCACGACAUUACUCAAGGACCACGGUGUUGAUUUGGAUCACAAGCGAUUCUUGAUUCUUCAAGGAGAAGUCGAGUCAAUUGCUCAAAUGAAAUCAAAGGCCGCUAACGAGCACGAGGACGGCUUGCUUGAAUACCUCGAAGAUAUUAUUGGCACCUCCAAAUACAAAACUCCCAUUGAAGAGUCCGCUGCUGAAGUAGAAACCUUGAACGAUGUCUGCAUGGAGAAGAGCGGGCGUGUGCAACACGUCGAGAAAGAAAAGAACAGUCUCGAGGAUAAAAAAGACAAGGCUCUCGCGUACAUACGCGACGAAAAUGAGCUAACCAUGAAGCAAUCCGCUUUAUACCAGCUUUUCAUUCACGAAUGCAAUGGCAAUAUCACUGUUACUGAGGAAGCAAUCAACCAGAUGCAAGCCCAACUCGAUGCAGAACUUGAAAAGCACCAGGGCAGUGAGCAGUUCAUCAAGGAUCUUGAAAAGCAAUACACGAAAGGGACCAAGGAAGUUGAAACACAAGAGAAGCAAACCCAAAGUAUUGUCAAAGAACUAGCAAAGUUCGAGCAGGAGCGCGUCAAGUUCGAUGAGAAGCGCAAGUUCCUUGUCGAAAAGCAGAAAAAGCUCGAAAAGACUAUUAACAAUGCUCAAAACGCAACCAACGAAGCAGACGAAACCAUUGAGGAAACCAAGCAAGAUAUUGAGACCCGAACACAAGAAGUCGCUGACCUCGAGGCACAAGUCAAGGCCGAGGAAGCCGAGCUCGCCAAUAUUCGAGAAAGCCUCAAGGGAAAAACUCAGGCCUUCUCCGACAAGAUUGCAGCCAAGCAGAGGACUCUCGAGCCUUGGAUGGAGAAGAUUAAUCAAAAGCAGUCUGCUAUUGCUGUAGCAGAGAGUGAAAUGAGCAUCCUCAAAGAAAAGGCAAAUGCUGGUGCAGUCGCAGUCGAAGAGCUUGAGGGCAAGAUUACAGCCAUCGAAACGGACAAGGCGGCCAAGGCCAAGGAACUCAAGGCUUGCGAAAAGGAGAAAUCUGAACUCCAGAGAGAAGCUGAAAAAAUGAACUCUGAGCUCGCAAUUCUGGCCCAGCAAGAGCCCAAGAUCCAAGCCAAGAUUUCGAAUUCACGGCAAAAGGCCGACGAAGCUCGUUCAAGUCUAGCAAGUACGCAGGCCCGUGGCAACGUUUUGACAGCCUUGAUGCGCAUGAAAGAAUCUGGUAGAAUCGAUGGCUUCCACGGACGGCUUGGCAAUCUAGGAACCAUUGACCAAAAGUACGACGUUGCGGUUUCAACGGCCUGCUCCGCGCUUGACAAUUUCGUCACCGAGUCGGUUGAGUCUGGUCAGCAGUGCAUCGAGUAUCUAAGGAAGAACAACUUGGGUCGUGGCAACUUUAUCUGCUUGGACAAGCUUAGAUCACGAGACAUGUCUCCUAUCCAGACACCAGAGAACGCACCACGCCUAUUUGAUUUGGUCAAAUCUAAAGACAAGUUCCGUCCAGCUUUCUAUCACGCAAUGCAGGACACAUUGGUCGCCAACGACUUAGCCCAAGCUAAUCGUAUCGCAUACGGGGCCAAGAGAUGGCGGGUGGUGACCUUGGCUGGUGAGCUAAUCGACAAGUCCGGGACAAUGUCCGGUGGCGGGACUACUGUGAAGAAGGGACUGAUGUCUUCCAAGAUUGUGGCAGAUAUCAGCAAGGAGCACGUUGCCAAGCUUGAGGAGGAUCGAGAUCAAUGGGAAGCCAAGUUCCAAGAGUUCCAAGAGUAUCAGCGUGAAUGCGAAGGUAAGCUCAAGGACCUCAACGAAAAAAUCCCUCAGCUUGAGACAAAGAUGCAGAAGCUUGGCCUCGAGAUUGACAGCGCCACACGCAAUCUUUCGGAUGUAAAGAAGCGUAUCAAGGAAGUCAGCCAAGAGCACCAGCCAUCAACAUCCGACUCAUCUCGUGUCGCCGCUUUGGAGAGGGAGAUUGCGAAGCUAAAUGGGGGAAUUGAGCAGCUCCAUGGGGAGACUGCCAGUGUGGAGGAAGAGAUCAAAGCUCUGCAGGAGAAAAUCAUGGAAGCUGGUGGAGAGAAGCUGCGAAGCCAGCGGGCAAAGGUCGACGACCUCAAGGAGCAAAUCAACUCCCAUAACGAAGAGACGUCGAAUGCAGAAGUCCGCCGAGUCAAGGCCGAGAAGCAAAAAGUUAAGCUUGGAAAGGACAUUGCCAAGGCCAAUAAAGAGUUGGAAACCGCUGUGAGAGAGCUAGAAAGACUUGAAGCCGAUGUCAACAACCAGGGUGAGAAGUCGGACGACCUGAAGGCCCAGGUUAAGGAGGCGGAGGCAGAUUUGGCAUCAAGGAGGGAAGAGCUCAGGGCCUUCAAAAAGGAGCUUGACGCCAAGACAGCGGAGCUUAACAAAAGUCGCGCCGUGGAGAUUGAAAUGCGGAACAAAUUGGAGGAGAACCAGAAGACUUUGGCCGAGAAUGAAAAGAGACAUCGAUACUGGGAAGACAAGCUGUCAAAACUAGUCUUGCAGAACAUUGAGGACCUCGUUGGUGCGUCCAGCCCUACCGAACAAGCUGCUAAAGCUGAGCAGCCCGAAAAGCAAGAAGGCUCCUCGACAUCCAACGAAGACACCGAAAUGGCUGAAUCUGAAGCGGAAGAGGCCGAAGAUACCAGCAUGGCCGAUGCAUCUAUGGCAGAAAAGUCAACAGAAGGUGGCUCAAACAAGCCACCUUACGAGCUGCCUAGAUACACACCGGACGAACUGGCUGACUUGAAUAAGGAGACCCUGAAGGGUGAGAUAGCUGCACUGGAGGAGAAGACACAGAACGCCAGUGUCGACCUUGGCGUUUUGGCCGAGUACCGCCGCAGAGUGGAGGAACAUGCGGCUAGGUCCUCAGAUCUUCAAGCGGCAAUCAGUCAGCGAGACGCGGCCAAGAAGCGUUGUGACGAUCUCCGAAGACGACGAUUGGAGGGCUUCAUGGAGGGUUUCAGCGCCAUCUCGCUUCGCUUAAAAGAGAUGUACCAAAUGAUCACGAUGGGUGGUAACGCAGAACUAGAGCUUGUGGACAGUCUGGAUCCCUUCAGUGAAGGUAUCCUGUUCAGCGUGAUGCCACCCAAGAAGAGCUGGAAGAAUAUCGGCAACUUAUCUGGAGGUGAAAAGACGUUGAGCAGCUUGGCUCUAGUCUUUGCCCUGCAUCACUACAAACCUACACCAUUAUAUGUCAUGGAUGAAAUUGACGCCGCCUUGGAUUUCAGAAACGUCUCCAUCGUUGCCAAUUAUAUCAAGGAGCGAACCAAGAAUGCUCAGUUCAUUGUCAUCUCAUUGAGGAAUAACAUGUUCGAACUUGCGGCUCGUUUGGUCGGAGUUUACAAGGUCAAUCACAUGACCAAGAGUGUUACUAUUGAGAAUAAGGAUUACAUCGACCGACCACAGCCACAGCAACGGCCGCAGGCAGGCACUGGUUUCACCACAACCCUGGCCCUUAGAUGA